AAAAAAAAACCUUUCCAGCUCCCAAACUCCAAAAACAUUCGCCUCAUCGUCUCUGUCUCUCUCUCAUUCUCUCUAUAAUGGCGCAGAUGGAUCCCGAUGCGGUGGCUAAGGCCUUCGUCGAGCACUACUACUCGACCUUCGACAACAACCGUGUCGGCCUCGCCGGUCUCUACCAGGAAGCUUCCAUGCUCACCUUCGAAGGUCAGAAGAUCCUUGGAGUCCAGAACAUCGUCGCCAAGCUCACAUCUCUCCCUUUCCAGCAGUGCAAGCACAACAUCUCCACCGUCGACUGCCAGCCUUCUGGUCCCGCCUCCGGUAUGCUCGUUUUCGUCUCCGGCAACCUCCAGCUCGCCGGCGAGGAGCACGCCCUCAAGUUCAGCCAGGUCUCUCUUUCUCUCUCUGUCGAUUUUAGUUAGAUUUCUAGGGUAAUAGAUCUGCAAAGGUGGCUACUUUCAGGCAUGUUCUUGUUUCAGACAUUGUCACGUUUCUUUAGUUAAAGACUUUAACUAUCAAACCCAUACAUAUGUAAAGAUACCUGCUUUGGCGUGUUCUUGUUUGAUAUCUUUUUGUCUUUUUCUUAUCUGUUUGGUAUCCUUGAUCUUGUUGUUCUAACAUACAUAGCUAUGAAACAAUCUCUUUUUUUUUUUUUUUUUUUUU